AUUUAAAGUGUUAAACUUAUAAAACUCUUCAAAUUACUUAGUAAAUUAGAGGAUUGUGUGAUUGUCACUUCCAUUUGAAACGAUUUAACUCGAAUUACACGAAAGAAAGUUUUAGUUUCAUCAUUCGAUUAAUAAGUCAAAUAAUGUCUCGCAGUCAAGAUUUUUUAGGAAUAUUACGUGGAAUUCAAUUAGUAGCAGGGGCUUCAAUAAAGACCCAAGAAGCAUAUUUAAAACAUAUUUGGUCUCACUCAUCAGUUCGUGAUGUUGUUGAGAAAAGUGCAACACAAACAUCGGAAAUGGGAAAGAAAGUUAUGAAUAAUCCAACAAAAGAGUUGGAAAAUGUUGGAAACUUAAUAAAAGAGACGUUUGAGAGAUCUUCGGUAGUUGUCGAAGGAAUAAGACAAUAUACAGCAUCAGGCAAAACGACUCAUCCAAUUGGCGAGAUUGAAAUGUCAAACGAUACAAAAUCUUACUCAACAAUUAAAAACAUCAAGAAUCUUGACAUUGCUUCCAUAACACUUCAAGAGCUCGAAAAUCUUCUCGCUGAACAUAAUAAAAUGCGACAUGUUACAUUACGCUUGGAUGACAAAUUCAAAUCCAAAACAAAAACAGAAAAGAAAGAAGAAAAUAUUCCAAAGGAAACGCAAUCAAUACCUCCUCCUCCUCCCCCUAAACCUAAAGUCGAACCAACUACCAAAGUUGUUAAUGAAGAGAAGCAGGUUGAAAGUAUGAUGAAAUUCAUAACAAAUUACGAUCGUGAUGCUCCAAAAUCAACAAAUGAACAAAAACUAUCUUCGGUGCCUGAGCUUAAAACUGUUGCAAAGCAGCGAACGGUUCCAUCGUCACGAAUUGGUCGUGUGGCAUCAUUUGGGCAGUUAUUUGCUGGGCUUGGCAUUGGAACGGUGAAUGAAUUAACAAAAGGUGCACUCGGUCUUGGAGGCUCAACAAAUGUUCGCGAUGCUUUUCUUAGUCCACAAAAUGCUGAACGAAUUGUUGACACUUUAUGUAAAGUUCGCGGAGCUGCUUUGAAAUUAGGACAAAUUUUAAGCAUACAAGACACGAAUGUUGUUUCACCACAACUUAUUCAAGCAUUCGAUCGAGUUCGCCAAGCAGCUGAUUACAUGCCUGACUGGCAAGUUGAAAAAGUUUUGGUUCGAGAAUUUGGAAAAGAUUGGCGAUCGAAGUUUGCUAGUUUUGAGGAUAAACCAUUUGCUGCGGCAUCGAUUGGUCAGGUACAUAAAGGAACACUUCAUAAUGGCACACUUGUUGCUAUUAAAAUUCAAUAUCCCGGAGUUGCACAAAGCAUUGAAAGUGACAUUGAUAAUCUUGUUUCGAUGCUCAAAGUUUGGAAUGUUUUUCCACCUGGAAUGUACAUCGACAAUAUUGUGAAAGUAGCGAAAAGAGAAUUGGCGUGGGAGGUUGAUUAUAAUCGUGAAGCAGAAUUUACAGCAAGUUUUAAAGAAAUGAUUAAAGAUUAUCCUGAGUUUAAAGUACCGAAAGUGUUCAAUGAUCUGACAACAGCAAGAGUUAUUACGACUGAAUUUGUCCCGGGUGUGCCGAUGGAUUCGUGUUUUGGUUUGAGUGAAGAUGAACGAAAUCACAUUGCAAAAAUGGUGAUGCAACUGUGUCUGUUGGAGCUUUUCCAGCUUCGAUGCAUGCAAACAGAUCCAAACUGGUCAAAUUUCCUUUACGAUGAAGAGUCUCGUCGUAUGAUGUUGAUCGAUUUUGGUGCUACGCGGUUCUAUACAAAGAAAUUUAUGGACGAUUAUUUGAAAGUUAUCAUCGCAGCUACUGAGAAUAAUCGUGAAAAGGUUCACGAGUUGAGUGUUAAAAUGGGAUUUUUGACUGGUUACGAAACACAAGCAAUGGAAGUCGCUCAUACUGAUGCAGUGAUGAUUCUGGGAGAAGUUUUCAGUGAGGAAGGCGACUUUGAUUUUGGAAAGCAGAAGACAACUAAGAAAAUCGCUGACUUAGUACCAGUUAUGAUCGCUCAUCGCCUUUGUCCACCACCAGAAGAAAUUUAUUCGCUACAUAGAAAACUUUCCGGUGUUUUCUUACUUUGUUAUAAACUUCAAGCGAAAUUCGCAUGCCGACCGAUGUUCAAUGAAAUUGUCAAAAAUUAUAAAUUCGACGACUGAAACGAACAAAGUUUUGCAUCAAAAUUGUCAGAUUUUAGACAACAAUAAAUAAAAUGUUUUAUUUUUUUUUGAAUAAAAA